AUGUCGAGCAGGUAUCAUAAAGCAGCAGCCGAUGGCAACUUGGACCUCUUGAAAGAAGCCACUAGGAAAGACCUCAAUACUUCAGAUGAGGAUGGGAUGACACCCACCCUUCUGGCAGCAUACUACGGAUAUCUAGAAGCUCUGGAAGUCAUAUGCCGGAGGGGGGGUGAUCCGGACAAAUGUGACAUCUGGGGGAACACGCCUCUCCACCACGCUGCUUGCAACGGUCACAUCCCUUGUGUUUCUUUUUUGAUCAACUUUGGUGCCAAUAUCUUUGCUCUGGACAAUGACCUUCGUACCCCCCUGGAGGCAGCUGCCAGCAGAGACCGCAAUGAAUGUGUCCAAAUCCUGGACAAAGCAGCCACCGAGCAGAACAUGCUGAAUCCAAAGAAGGUCUCCAAACUCAAAGCACAAGCCCAGAGGAAUGUGGAGAAACAAAUCAAGGAAUGCGAGAAGCGCCAAGAGAAACACCAGCAUGAAAUGAACCGGAAUUAUAUGAAAGAAAAGGUUGGCACAGUAAAUUCUUCCAAAGGGACACACUCCAGAGUAAAGUUGCCUAGUCUCUUUGCUUCAAAUACAACAAGUUCUUUCUCCAAAAAUCUGAAAGAUACCUUCAAACUGAAGGCAAAAAAGAUAGCUGACAGCACAAGAAGUCAGGAAAGCAACGCCCAAGAGAAUGGUACAGGUAGGAGAACUGUGAUGCAUAUUUUUGAUGAAAAAGAAGAAGAUGAAUUCCUGAAUGAGCUUGGAGAGAAAAGCUUUUCUGAUAAUGACAGUCAGCUCUCCAUUUUUAAGCGGCCAGGUCUUGGCAAGAUUGUGUUUGGAAGGAAUUUGGCUGCGGAUGUAAAUCCUGAAACUGUGUCUUCUGAGAAAGAAGAUAAAAGCUCUAAAAUGUCCAGUGAGCUCUUUCAGUUUGAAAAUGCUGAAAAUGGCAGGGAAGAUGAUGCUGAAAAUGAUGCUGAUAUCCCUUGGUAUGAGGAAGAAGUCAUUUGGGAUGACGAGGAAGCAGAGAGCACACCCCUCGAGGUAUUUCUGGCAUCACAGAUGCUGGAUGAGUUUCUUCCAGUCUUCAUGAGGGAAAAAAUUGAUUUAGAUGCCCUGAUGCUAUGUUCUGAUGAGGAUCUACAGAGCAUUCAGAUGGAACUUGGGCCAAGAAAGAAAGUCCUGAAUGCUGUAAAUAAAAGAAAACAGGCACUCAAGAACCCUGGAAAGACUGUAGACACUUGCUUAUAA